UGCCCUGCGACUGCGCUCCCCUCUUUCCCUCACACACCAGAUACAGACCAUAGACAUGGCUCCAUAAAGGUGCACAUGGCGGCCAGCAGCCAUGAACCAAAAAAACAACUCACCCCAAAAACAAAACAAAAUACAGAUGCAUCUCCGGUUUGAUUGAUUUUCAACAACUUCCACAUCCGCCGUAUUAUUUCUUCGGUCCGGUUUUCAGCAUUUGGUAGAGGCUGCUCGCUCGCUUGCAGCUCUCUCCGUUUCAUCCAGACCAUUUCACAUUCUUACUAAACCCGAAAUAACCGAUAUCAUAUUUUAGGACAGCAGUUAUGGGUGUGCAGGGUUUCCAGGAGUACAUCGAGGAGCAUUGCCCCAACGCCGUGGUGCCGGUGGAGCUCCAGAAGCUCGCCCAGGGAAGUCUGGUUGGCGGCGGCCGGCUGAGACCCCCUCAGACUCCGCUCCGACUGCUGGUGGACGCCGAGAACUGCCUGCACCGGCUCUACGGCGGCUUCUACACCGACUGGGUGAGUGGAGGCCAGUGGAACCACAUGCUCGGGUACCUCGCCGCCCUCGCUAAAGCCUGCUUCCACGGUAACAUCGAGCUGCUGGUGUGCUUCCCUGGCGCCUUGGAGAAAGGCCGUCUCCACGAGUGGGUCAAACGACAGGUGAACGACCGGCAGACCGCCCAACAGAUAAUCAGCCACGUCCAGAACAAGGGCACCCCGCCGCCCAAGGUCUGGUUCUUGCCUCCGGUGUGCAUGGCUCACUGCAUCCGCCUGGCGCUCCUCAGGUUCCACAUCGGGGUUGUUCAGACUAUCGAGGACCAUCACCAGGAAGUGAUUGCCUUAUUUAGGGAAAAUGGAUUCCAUGGAUUGGUCGCCUAUGAUUCCGACUACGCUCUGUGCAACAUCCCGUACUACUUCAGUUCCCAUGCUCUUAAACUGAGCCGUAACGGCAAGAGCCUCACCACCAGCCAAUACCUGAUGCACGAAGUUGCCAAGCAGCUUAAUCUCAAUCCAAAUCGUUUUGUCAUUUUCGCUUCACUUUUAGGUAAUCACAUACUGCCUGAUGAAGACUUGGCUGCCUUUCACUGGAGUUUACUUGGUCCUGAGCACCCUUUAGCAUCCUUGAAGGUCCGUGCCCACCAACUCGUCCUUCCUCCUUGUGACGUCGUCAUAAGGGCUGUGGCAGACUACGUCCGCAACAUACAAGAUGUCAAUGACCUGGAAGCUAUUGCUAAAGACAUUUUCAAGCUCUCUCAGUCCAGAGCCGAUGACAAACUUGUCCGUUUCAAACAAGCAGUGGAGUAUUACGCCACCGCAAGCAGGCCUCUUCACUUUCCCCCUUAUUUAGUCAGACCAAAUCAGAUGGGAGUUCCAGCAGCACCACAAAUGCUUAACAUUCCACAGUCCUCCGUUCCAGGCAUACCUGGGGUCCAGUAUGGCUGUUCUGGCCCUCCAAUGGCCGAGCCGACCCAUGAAGUGGACCUGUCAGUUAAAGGGCUCCUAGAUAACAACAGCUUCAGCAGCAUUCCUGAUGAAGGGAAGCAACACAUGCCACUCUACGAGAGGUUGUCCCCUGUUAACCCAGUUCACGACGGCAGCUCCAACCACACAGACCCAGCCUUCUUCGCCACGUCCUCCACAUCCUCCUCCUCAGAGAACGAGGAAAACACAGGCUCCACUGCCAAUCAUGUAGGUGACCAUAAGGGAUGGGAAAAACCGAGAAAUCAGAUGGACAACAUCCCAGAAGGAGACCAAAAUAAAUCUGAUCCUUCUGUGACCUCCCCUGUAAACCAAGGCUUAGAGGUCAGAGGUCACAUACGGGUCAAUGCCCAGAUUCCACCCCUCCUUUCGAUGCCAACAAGGAACCAUAUGGAUAUUACAACUCCCCCUUUACCAGUGGUGGCGCCAGAGGUGCUACGGGUUGCUGAGCACAGACACAAACAAGGCCUCAUGUACCCGUAUAUCUACCAUGUUCUCACCAAGGGUGAGAUUAAGUUAUCCGUCACCAUUGAAGAUGAAGCAAACAAAGACCUGCCCUCAGCGGUGCAACUGUACCGGCCAAUCCGUCAGUAUGUUUACGGGGUGCUCUUCAGCCUGGCCGAGGCCAAAAAGAAGGCAGAGAGACUCGCCAUGAGGAGAAAUCACCUCCCAGAAUAUCCAACAGUCAUCGUUAAAGAAUGGGCUGCUUAUAAAGGCAAAUCUCCACACACCCCUGAACUAGUGGAGGCUCUUCCCUUCCGAGAAUGGACAUGUCCUAACCUGAAGAAACUCUGGCUGGGCAAAGCUGUGGAGGACAAGAACCGGAGGAUGAGGGCUUUCCUGGCCUGCAUGAGGUCCGACACUCCAGCUAUGCUGAACCCUGCCAAUGUCCCGACACCUCUCAUGGUGCUGUGUUGCGUGCUAAGGUUUAUGUUGCAAUGGCCAGGAAUAAGAAUUUUGCGUCGUAACGAACUUGACGCUUUCCUAGCUCAAGCACUUUCUCCUAAACUUUAUGAGCCUGAACAGCUGCAGGACCUGAAGAUUGAUAGCCUGGAUCCACACGGCAUUCAGCUGGCUGCUCUUUUUAUGAGUGGUGUGGAUAUGGCACUGUUUGCCAAUGACGCGUGCGGGCAGCCCAUUCCCUGGGAACACUGCUGCCCGUGGGUGUAUUUCGAUGGCAAGCUGCUACAGAGUAAACUCAUCAGGGCCAAUAGUGACAAGGUGCCUCUCAUUGACCUCUGCGAUGGUCAGACUGAGAUCCUUGCCAAACUCGAGAAGAUGCGUCAGAGUAUCCUGGAGGGUCUGAACUUCUCUCGACCACCCCAGCCCAUACCCUUCCCCCCUCCACGUCCACAAACCAUGCCUUUUUACCCUCCCAAUGGCAACUUUUACCCCCCACCACCUCUGUAUCCAAUGCACGGUAGAGGCAGAGGCAUACCUGUAGGACUACAAGCCAUCCCCUCACAGGGUGGUAAACUUGAGAUUGCGGGCACAGUGGUGGGUCAGUGGGAUGGUAGCCGUCGUGGAAGAGGAAGAGCCUCUUUUCCCAUUCAGGUGGUGUCAGUUGGUGGACCAACCAGAGGUCGACCAAGAGGUGUGAUUUCUACUCCUGUUAUAAGGACCUUUGGUCGAGGAAUCAAAUACCACAGUAGAGGUUUCAAGAAUCAGGGAUCAUACCAGAGCAAGCCUGCAUUUGCUGCCUCAACCAAUGAAGUGAUAAAAGACAGAAAGAAGCCACAUCUGACCUCAGAAGGGUCCGCGGCAGCCGAGAAUGGCCUGGAGGAAAAAGAGGCAGAGCAGCUCAAUGGGAACAAAGUGGAAAGCAGGGCUCCUAACCAACCUGAAAGUGCCUUUAGCAACGAAUCUAAAAUGUGCAAUACAAAUCCUCUUUUAAAUGCACUAAAUGUAGACGGUGAAGGCCACAGAAAUGAAACUCUUGGGGCCGCUGUCUUAAAAACAGAAGAGUAAACCUAUUUUUAUAGAGAGGGUAAAGGUUGAUGGAAAGGUUAAGGAAUAUUUUGAAGGAUGGAAGGCCUACAGUUGGUGUACAUUUUUUCCUCUCCGAAAGCUAUAGAUGAGGACUUCUGAGUUUUUUAAAUCCCUCUUUGAUGCCAGCGAGUUAAAACCACAAGUAAUGAGCCAGAGGAUUCCUCUCGGUAAAACAUAGACAAGUAUACAAGUUAUAUAGAGAAUUUUACCAGUUUAAUGUUGAAAGACAUGGUUCGCCCUGGUGUUUCAGACUGGUUACAUCAAAAUUAUUGUACUUUCACAAUGAAUUACAGAAACAGAAAUACUCAUUUUAAUUUGCCUGUCUUUUAGUUUAGUAAGUUGAGAUGCAGGUUUCCAGUACUUAAUUAGCACCAUAUACUUGCCAUUUUAAAUGAGUUUGUAUUGUCACAGUAAAUGUUUUUUUUUUAUUUUUGUUUUGAGAAUGUACACAUUUCUCAUGUCAUCCCUGUAAGUUAACUCGUGUUGUUUUGACAUCAAGUUACUAGUGUUACCGCAACUUAAGUUCUGAUGAUUUCAAUAUGUCAUACAUUAGCGAUAUUGAUAAUAUGUCUAGAAAUGGUUAGAAAAAUAAUCACCAGUUGCAAAUGAUCUACUGGAUGAACACCAAUGUCUUUGUUUCCAUGCUAGUAAAUGCCAUGCAUAGGUGAUCAAAGACCAAUCUGGUUUCUUGAAACCAAUGUAGAACAUUAGUACAACUGUCCAGCUGAACUUUUUUGCAUGGAUCUCGAUUAAGAAAAACAAAAGUGGUGUAGUUAUAAUGCAUGUCCUAUUUCUUCCUUCAUUACAACUACUGUGCCCGUCGGCAAAAGUUAAAAAGGCAAAUAAUCAGUAAUAGUUUUUUUUUUUUUUUUGUGAUUUAUUGAACUGUUGUAUUUACUCAACAACAAAAAAAAACCUAGCCACUUUAAAUAUUGUUAAUCCAGGUGUACACAUCACUGUAUACAUUAUUGUUCUCUGUUGCUGUUGUUUCUGCAUUCUUACUAGAAAAUCAUCUGUGAAAAAACAAAAUCUCUUCAAAAAAUGUCUUUGAAUAUAACAUGCUCCCCUUUUUCUUAGCUCAGAACAAGUCUGUGAAACAUUUGAUCCUCCUAUUUUGAGUUUAGCCUAAGCAAGUAAACUUGUAAUCAUUUUGAUGUUUACUUUAGUGUUUUCUGAACUUAUCGUACUUCUAAACGAGAAUCGUUACUUCAUCUAAUCCUGACGCUUUUCAUUGCACAUUAGUGAUCAGAAAUAUGGUGUAUCCCCCUCAGUCCCCUGCCGCAAGUCUAAGUAGGUUACCUUGAUGUAAGUUGAUCGGAGUUUCUGCCUAACUCAUGGGUUGUAAAAGAAUGAACUACUGUUGGAUUUGAGUGAUUGUUGAUGGAUUGUGGUGUGAUGCUUUUGAAGGAAAUUGGAUGCAACUUACAAUGCUUA